AAAUCGCUUAAAACUUGGUCUGAACUUUGUUGUGGUGCCUACAGAGUAAAAAGAAUCAGCUUUAUGACAGUAAUGUGGCCGGUAUAUGUCAAGUUUAGGUCCUAACUACAAUUGUGGCGCUUUUGAUACGAAUACGAAACAGGAAAAAUUUUAGGUUUUAGGUUAGGUAAAUUUAGGUUGUAGGUUUGUAGGUUUUAGGUUGUAGGUAGGUAGGUUUGUAGGUUAGGUUAGGUUAGGGUAGGUUUGUAGGUUGUAGGUUGGUAGGUUAUAGGUAAGUAGGUAAGGUUAGGUCAGGUUUGAUUAUGUUUUUUUCUUUUAUUUGCGAGACAUAUGAGUAUCAUUUUUGGAUUCAGGAUGUCAAAUAAUGUAAAAAUAUGAAAAAUUUAUCAAUGAAAUCUUCUUAGGACUUAAACUUGACAUUUACCAUGUGGCCUGGGGAAGGAGGUAAUUUUGGGCUGUGACGUCACAUAUUUGAAAGUUUGUGUUUGGAAUAUGGGAAGCCUAAGAUGUUUAAUGAAAAAUAAAUGCCAGAGCUGUGUUCCUGGUCAUCCAAUCUAUAAAGUCGGGCACAAUUUAACUGGUUUUAACAACAUUUUAGAAGGUGGGAUAGUCCCUUUAAGUUCGAGAGAGGUGGGCUGAUAAGAAUAAGACGGUAAAAUACCUUGGCGGUAAAAUGACCAAAUGUCUUUGAAAUGUGGACAUGUGAUAAUUUACUUUAUUUAGCCAAUAUUUAGCUACCUAUUACCCCUACGUCCUACCAGGUUUACUACUUUUGAAUUUGAAUAAUUCGCUCCCGAAUAAGGUUUUGUUAUGAUGAAGCCGAUGAAGCACCCUUUGUCUUCCAGAAAAUUGACUUAUUUUUGAAUGGGUAAUGUUAUAUUUAUUUGCUAGCACCAAGGCUCAUAAAAGUGAUCUGCAAAUGCCUGUACCUAGUAGCAGGUAAUCUCCCAGAUGGACAGCCAGGUGCAGCUGGAGGGCCGUCUGAUCGACAUUGUGGAUGAGGCGUGGCGGCGUGACACGCUGCCUGAGGAGGAGAUCGCUGUGCCAUUGUAUGAGCUGCCCGACCCAGAGCCCGACAACAGCAACAACACGGAGAGUCUGCGCCAGCAGGAGCACACGUGGAACGAGCUGGCGCUGCAGCGGCUGGCUGAGCCGCGCCAGCCGGCUGACGGUGACGUCACCAUCGGGGGACGGCUGUGAGCGGGCCGGAGCCACCGCUGGAGCAGCACUGACGGUUCCACGAUGGCCGAGCUGCCCACGCUGGGGGAGCAGUGUGGACUGGCCUCGUGCCGGCAGCUGGACUUCCUGCCCAUCGCCUGCCAGCACUGCGCGCGCUCCUUCUGCCGGGACCACGCCUCCGCGGACGCCCACGGCUGCGACAAGCGGCCUGAGCCGGCCCAGGCCGACCUAUCGUCGAACACGCGCAUCUACGCGUGCCACGUCUCGGGCUGCGGGGCGGCUGAGCUGACGCCGGUGGUGUGUCCGGACUGCGGCCGGGGCUGCUGCCUGGCGCACCGCCACCCGGCCGGCCACGGCUGCGCCGCCUGGCAGGCGCAGCAGGCGGACGCCGCCCGCCGGCUGCCGGAGUUCCAGCGCGCCGCCGCGCUGCAGGCGGAGCGCCUGUCGGCCGCGCCGGUGGUGGUCAACUCCGGCCGGUCGGAGCGCGCGCGGAAAACGGCGCGCCAGGUGCAGCUGAUGCGUCUGAAGCAGCGCGCGGCGGGCGCCGGCUCGGUGCCGCUGGCCGACCGGCGCUACCUGCUGCUGGUGGCGCCCGGCGGCCGCGGCGCACCCCGGCCCGUGUUCGUCAGUCGCCGCUGGACGCUGGGACGCGCCGUGGACGCGCUGGCUGACCUGUGCGGUGCUUCCAACAAUAACGACAGGACCGGCGGCCGGCGGCUGCUGCUGUACCGCUAUACGGACGGCGGCCGGAUCGGGGACGCUAUGGACACGGUGAUUGAGGAGCUGCCGGACGGACAGAUGGACAACGCCGAGACCGUGGUCCUCGAGUACGGUGACCCGGCCGACACGCACCGCAGCGAUGUGACAAAGUAUGAGCUCAAGUGAUGCGUCCGCCCGCUGGUGUGUGCUGGGGGCUUGCAAAGUGUCACGUGAUCUAUCCUCUGGUGUGUGCUUGGGGCGGGUAUCUGGUCACAUGAUCGUGGUAUGGCAACUACGUUCUGACGGACAUAAUUAGGAACAGGUUGACUAUUCCUCUGCGCGCGUUUACAUUGUAUUGUUGCCGGAAUGUUGAAGUUUCACUCGUAUUCACUGCAUGCUUCGUGUCCACAUUGAUUCAAUAAACCCAUUGUGCUAA